GUGGUAUUCUCGCAACACACAGCGCAUUGAUUCCCCCCCCGCCCCCCACAACAAUAAGCGGGUUAGACACGUAUAACAACAACAAAACGUCAAAGAAACUAAAUAAAGCUAAAUUAAUCCCGGGGUUUUAGCAGUCGGUCAUGCUGUCGGAUGCAGAUUACUCUGGGAAUGCCUCUGGUGCUCGCCGGGCGAAGAAGAGGAGCUCCGGGGAGUCUCCGGGGGACGGACAGACCCUGCGCUCCUCGGGAAGGCAGAUCACCGUCCGAGUGAAGCGCACCAACAACCCUCCUCCUGGACAGAGCAAACGGAAAGCCACGGACACGGAGGAAGAAGACGACCAGUCCGAGAAGAAGUACAGAAAGUGUGAGAAGGCUGGAUGCUCUGCCACAUACCCGGUUUGUUUCGCAAGUGCAUCUGAAAGAUGUGCUAAAAACGGAUACACGUCUCGCUGGUAUCAUCUGUCAUGUGGGGAGCAUUUUUGCAACGAAUGUUUUGAUCACUACUACAGAAGUCACAAAGAUGGCUAUGAGACUUUUGCUUUUUGGAAGAAAGUGUGGACUAGUAACGGGAAAAGUGAGCCCAGUCUCAAAGCUUUCAUGGCAGAUCAGCAGCUACCAUUCUGGGUUCAAUGCACAAGACCGGACUGUAGGAAGUGGCGACAGCUGACUAAAGAGAUCCAGCUCACUGCUUCCCUAGCAGAGACGUACCGCUGUGGCAUGAAGUUCAACAACAUCAAGAGUGAGGGACCGGACCAGUGCUCCCAGCCAGAGGACUUGAGAGUGGCAGAGGUGACCGACAGCUGGUGGCAUUCGAUGUUGAUUUUGCCGCCGUUGUUCAAAGACAGUCCAGCGAGCCCUUUCCUUGCUGCGUACUACCCUGACUGUGUGGGGAUGAGUCCAGCAGGCUCCUCCAGUAGCGUGUCUCUGUCUGAGCUCAGGGCCGAUCACUGCAGAGCCGUCCAGCCUCAGAUUCCAGGCCUGUGUCCGUACUUUCAGCCAUUCUACCAGCCGAACGAGUGUGGAAAGGCUCUGUGCGUGCGGCCAGAUAUGAUGGAGCUGGACGAGCUUUAUGAGUUUCCAGAAUUUUCCCGUGAUCCCACCAUGUAUUUGGCUUUGCGUAACCUCAUACUGGCCUCCUGGCACAAGAGCUGCAAGGAGGUGCUGACUUCCCAGAAAUGUGCUGAGAACAUCAUUGUGCGGGGUUUGGUGCGUGUGCGCUGCGUGCAGGAGAUGGACCGUGUGCUGCACUUCAUGACCAGGAAAGGUCUCAUAAACACCGGUGUGCUGGCAGUGAAACGGCCUCUGCUCCCUGAAAAAUACUGCUCAAGAAAUGUUAUUAUCAUCGGUGCCGGGGCGUCAGGUCUGGCUGCUGCGCGUCAGCUGCAAAACUUUGGCACUCAGGUGAUGGUGCUUGAAGCGAGGGAGAGAAUUGGAGGUCGCGUGUGGGAUGAUGCCUCUCUGGGCGUCACUGUCGGCAGAGGAGCUCAGAUUGUCAACGGCUGUGUGAACAACCCCAUCGGCCUGAUGUGUGAACAGAUUGGAAUCAAAAUGCACAAGCUGGGAGAGCGCUGUGACCUCUUCCAGGAGGGGGGGCAGGCUACUGACCCAGCCAUCGACAAGCGCAUGGACUUCCACUUCAAUGCCAUCCUGGACGUCGUGUCAGAGUGGAGGAAGGACAAGUCGCAGAACCAGGACACACCGCUGAAAGAAAAAGUCCAGGAGGUGAAGAAGAACUUUCUGCAGGAUUCAGGAAUGCAGUUCAGUGAUUUGGAGGAGAAAGUGCUUCAGUUUCAUCUCAGCAACCUGGAGUACGCCUGUGGGAGCACGUUAGACCAGGUAUCGGCAAGAUCCUGGGACCACAAUGAGUUUUUUGCCCAGUUCUCAGGAGACCACACUUUACUCACAAAGGGCUACUCCGUUUUACUCCACAAGCUGGGCGAGGGGCUCGACAUCCGCACAAAAUGCCCGGUCCAGGCGAUUGAUUACUCAGGUGAUGUUGUCAAAGUUACCUCCUCCAAUGGCUCUCAGUGGACAGCACACAAGGUUCUUGUCACAGUCCCGUUGACCUUACUACAAAAGAACCUGAUCCAGUUCAACCCUCCGCUUCCUGAAAGGAAACUGAAAGCGAUCCACAGUCUGGGAGCCGGUAUCAUAGAAAAGAUCGCUCUUCAGUUCCCGUACAGAUUCUGGGAUAAGAAAAUCCAGGGGGCAGACUACUUUGGUCACAUACCUCCAGGUCCUGAGAAGAGGGGCAUGUUCAGUGUCUUCUACGACAUGGAUCCACAGGGUAAGCAGGCUGUCCUCAUGUCUGUUAUCACUGGUGAUGCUGUUCAAACUGUCCGGGACCUGGAGGACAAGGAGGUGGUGGACGAGUGUGUCAAGGUCCUGCGCGAGCUUUUCAAAGAACAGGAGGUUCCAGAGCCGCUGCAUUACUUGGUCACACAUUGGAGCAAAGACAAGUGGUCGCAGAUGUCCUACAGCUUUGUGAAAAACAGGAGAAGUGGAGCCUACGACAUCCUCGCUGAAGACGUGCAGGGGGAGUUCUUUGCUGGCGAG